UAGCUAAGUGAUAAGAAUACACCUAAAUUAGAGUAUAGGCCUUUACAGAUAGGCCUGAAUAUCUAUAUCCUAACACCUCUCUCCUGUUCUGUCCUCAGUGAAGGACCUGGUUCAUUUGGGUUUGCUCAGAGAGGAGGUUGUUCCUAUUAAAGAGUCUAGUUUCUGCAUGUUAUCUCUAACUUCUAUAAUCUGUUCUCUGUGCCUUCAGGAGUGGUUUGCAGCUCUGGAUUUGCAUUUCCACAUUUCAGUACGGCCAUUUCACUGGAAAUAUCUGCAUUUUGCUGUAGGAGAGGAGUAUUUUCAUAUAAGGUCCUCCCUUCUGGUUUUUCUACAGCCCCGAGAGUGUUUUAAAAUGUCACUGUAGUAGCAGCAUAUCUGAGAAAGCAAGAGAUUUAUGUAUAUCCCUUACCUUAACGACUGGUUAAUAAAAUUUUGUCGAAGGAAGAGACCCUGUUUCAUGUAAAACAAAUAUUAACUUUUUCCAGUCUGGAAUUACAUAUAAAUUGGGGGAAAAUCACUCCUAAAUCCAACUGAAAGGAUCCUUUCCUAUAGGGAUCAUAUUGGACUCAGUUAUAGCAAAAGCCUUUCUUCCAGAAGAAAGGUUUAUAAAAUUAAAAUAAUCUUUACAUCUCCUACUGCAGUUUCCUCAACAGCCAAUGCUAUUUUUUCCUCUGUUUAAUGGGUCUCUUAGCAUCAGCUACAUCAGAGACCCCGCAUGCUAAUCCUUGGAUGAGAGGUCUGCAGCACUAGCUAGGGAGAAAUUACAAACCAGGCAUACACAUUGCAAAUUGGUAAUUCCACAGUAGGAGUUAGCAGCACUUAUGUGGUGGACAUGCAGUCUAAAUGUGAUGAAAGGUAUACCAUUCAGUUUCACUCUAUGCCAUCAGUAAUAUUUACCUCCAAUGCAUCUACUCUGGAUGGGGGGCCCACUUAAACAACAGUAUUGUGGUCAGGGGGCACUGGUCACCAGGAGAAAAGACACUUCAUAUCACCGUGUUAUCUGAGAGCAAUCGGGCUGGCUCUCAGAUAUCCCUCCCUCAGGUCAGACACAAAGUAGUUCAGGAGGUAACAUACAAUGUGACACCAUUAUAUUAGCUAAACAAACAAGGUGGAGCUCAUUCUCUACAAUUGGGCAAAUUUCAUCUUUGGGAUUAAUAUAUAGAACAAGGUGUUCACCCAAUAGCGAUUCAUGUGUCGGGGAACAAAACUCCCUUUUAGACCACCUGAGCAGGUCGACCUGUCCAGUGCACGAGUGAUCUUUAAAAGAAAGUAGUAACGCACCUCUUUAGGUUGUAGGGGAAGCCUGUAAUACACCUUAUUGUAUCCAAAAACAACAAGAAGCAUGCAAGAUUUUUCUCAAGGGCAAAUGGCCAUGGCCUCUGUAUCAGGUGAGUUUCUAAUAAGUUGGAGUCAAGGCCUCAUAUGCAUUUCCCCCAGUUCCUUUAUUCAAAGAGUGAUAAAGUAAAACGAGACAGAGCCAGGGUAAUUUUAAUAGCACUAGCCUGGGCCAGACAACAGUGGGAACUGGACUUGAUUCACAUUAAUCAAACUUCUGCUGUUGGCACCGGACUUGUUGACACAACAAUGAGGGAAGAUCUGUCACCCGGAUCUUCAUUCUCUUCGUUUAACAGCACGGGGAGUUAGACUGUGAGAUUAUUAGAAAACGUAAGAGGUAUGAAAUGUUCGGAUAAAUACAAGGAAAGAGUCCUGAUGAGAAAGUCAUGGUUAUAAAUGAAAAAGGCUUUUGUUGUGGGUUUCCAUGUAUGAUAUAGAUCCUUUACAGAACCUAUUAGUUACAUAUUGGAAUAUCUAUUGUAUCUUAAGAGAACAGGUCUUUCAUUAUCUUCAGUGAAGGUUCACCUUCCAGCCGUAUUAGCAUAGCAGGAUCCUGUGGACAGUAAAUUGAUCUUUACUCAUGAUGUGAUUACAAGGUUCUUAAAAGGUCUUAAUAAUCUCUAUCCUCCAGGCAUCCUACCCCAUUUGGGAUUUAAACAUAAUGCUUUCACAAUUGAUUAAACCGCCCUCUGAACCUGUGGGAAGCUGUAUGUUGUUCCAUCUGUCUAUUAAGACAGUAUUUUUGUUAGCUAUUACUUCUGCCAGAUAUAAGAUGGCUGCUGUUUUUGAGAGGAAUGAUGUAGAGGCUGGUAAUAAUAAUAAAUGAAUUGCAUACCCUAAUGGCUGAUCCAUUAUGUGUUCUUUUUCAUAAAGAUAAAGUAAUUUUUUGUACACACCCAAGGUUUCUACCAAAAGUGGUUCAGAUUUUCAUAUAAACCAGUGUACUCUGCCCCACCUCCUCCUCCUCUCCCCCAACCUCACACUCAACAUGGAGAUACUAGAUUAUAUACACUUUCAUUAAACACUGCUCUUCAGAUUUGGAAUCUAGGUCUGAUAAAAAAUUUGGCAAGACAGUUUUACAGCCCUUGUUCAAUUAGGACUUUGUGGUCCCAACAUCUUGAACUGGAAUUACUGCUUGUUUAAUCUGUCCCAAGAAUGAAAAUGUGCAGAGGACGCUUGAAGAAAAAAUUUAGGUUCCUUACAUGUAACUGAAGUUCUUUGUGGUAGACUCUGCAUAUUCACACCCCCGUCCACCAUUUCCCACUGCUUUGGAGUCCUACUUACCAAAAGACCUGGGGCCACAGGGGAAGGAACUUAAAUGGCUGGAGCUCCAUGCCCCUUUUGUACUCUCACCCGGGAACAUUCACUGAAAGAGGGGAGAGGAUGUGUGAGCACUCCCAACGUCUACUGCUAGCUAGAAUUCUGCUGUUCAAGCUGCACCCGUGGGAGCAUCCCAGGGUGUGCAUAUACAGAAUUUAUCUUGAAGCACUCCAGUUAAAAGUAAGUAAACUUCAUUUUUCCGAGGCUCUUUUAGGGAGUGGUGGGGUUUCAUGGUAGAUGGAAGACUAACAGCCAUAACUUUUUUUAUGACUGUACAACACAGUGCUUUAAAACGUGUAUACUUAUUUUUGAUUGUAUAAAUAUAUAACAUAUUGGCAAUCGGGGUUAAAAACAAAGGAGAAAAGCACUCUUUGAAUAUAUUUUGUACCAUUCAUAUGGCAAGCCUAUAUAAAUAUAUUGUCAACUUAUUUUAUAUGAUUAAAACGUUUCUUCCAAAGGGACAUAGUGAUGUGAAAGUACAUGGCAUUUGCAGUGAUUGGAUUACAGCUAUUCUCUUGCAUAACGUUAGGCUUUACUGAAUGCUUUUUCUUUUGUUUGGUCAGUUCACAGCAACUUUAGACAUUUGACCAAAUGAUCAGUCCUCAAUGUUUUUUUUUUUUGUUUUGUUUUUUUAAACUGGAUUAGAUGAUUUAUAACACAUUCAUCAUGCUUGCCAUUGUUGAGAGUUUUAAAAAAAGAAGCCAGCAACACACAGAACCCUAAAAGUGCCUUUUUGUUUUUUGCUUUGACUAGACUUUCCUCUUAUCUUCGUAAAGCCUUCUAGAGUGAAUAAAUAUGCCUUUUUGUUCCUGUUUGCAUUGAAUAUAUAUAUCUUGUAUUUGCAGGCAUAUGUUGUCUUUGUUACAACGCUAGGUGGACAGUGGUUGGAGCGCAAUUUUGCUACAUUUUUGUCCCAUGUCCUGGAUCUGGUGUCCCAUCCUCGUGCAACUCAGACUCAUGUAGAGGCAGUAUACUCUCGAAGAUGUGUGUCCUUUAUCCUGAGAGCAACCGUAGGCAGUUUAUUAGGGGAGAAAGCACAGAUUGCAGCUGCCAAAGAUAUUUGUCAAGCCAUUGGUAAACAAAUGAAGGCAGUGGAAGCAGUUGUGAAUGAUACUAAUGGCGAAAAUAAAUCGGGAGCUGCUGACGUAGCUGCAAGCCAACAUGUGAUGGUGUGUGCCCUUCAAGAGCUGGGUAGCCUGGUUCAGAGCCUGAAUGCCACUGCAUCUCCACUCAUACAAGAACCCUCUAUAGGGCUAUUGGAGACGGUAACCUCAGUUCUUCUUCAUCCAAGCAUGGCUGCUCGACUAGCUGCUGCAUGGUGCUUGCGCUGUGUAGCUGUGGCAUUGCCUUUUCAGUUGACUCCAUUUCUGGAUAGAUGCGCUGAAAGGCUCAACAAUCUGAAGACCUCACCAGAAGCAGUUAGUGGCUACAGUUUUGCAAUGGCUGCUUUACUAGGUGGAGUGCAUCAGUGUCCCUUAGGUAUUCCUCAUGCAAAGGGAAAAAUGGUAGUCAGUAUUGCUGAGGAUCUGUUACGAACUGCUGCUCAAAAUAGCAGACUGUCCUUACAGCGCACUCAAGCUGGGUGGCUUUUACUUGGUGCACUUAUGACUUUAGGUCCUUCAGUUGUUCGGUACCAUCUACCUAAGAUGCUGCUGCUAUGGCGAAAUGUAUUUCCUCGUUCUCUAAAGGAGCUGGAAGCAGAGAAAGCCCGAGGAGACUCUUUUACCUGGCAAGUAACAUUGGAAGGUCGUGCUGGAGCUCUGUGCGCUAUGAGGAGUUUCGUUGCUCACUGUCCUGAGCUCCUUACUGAAGAUGUGAUCAGAAAAUUAAUGACCCCCAUAGAAUGUGCCAUGACAAUGAUGUCACACAUUCCAUCGGUAAUUAAAGCCCAUGGAGCUCAUCUUAAAGCUAGUGCAGCUAUGGUCCGUUUAAGACUUUAUGACAUUUUGGCUUUGUUACCUCCAAAAACGUAUGAAGGAUCAUUUAAUGCGCUCCUUCGAGAGCUAGUGGCAGAAUUCACUUUGACAGACAAUUCUGCUAAUACAACUACAUCGCUGCUUAGAUCUCUUUGCCACUAUGACGACAGUGUUCUUCUUGGCUCUUGGCUGCAGGAAACAGAUCAUAAAUCAAUUGAAGAUCAGCUUCAGCCAAACAGUGCAUCUGGAAGUGGUGCUUUGGAGCAUGACCCGUCUUCCAUUUAUUUGCGCAUCCCAGCUGGUGAGGCUGUGCCUGGCCCCCUUCCCCUGGGAGUAUCAGUCAUUGAUGCCUCUGUGGCACUCUUUGGUGUGGUUUUUCCUCAUGUUUCUUACAAACACAGGCUACAAAUGUUGGAUCACUUUGCUGAAUGUGUCAAACAGGCUAAAGGUGUCCGUCAACAAGCUGUGCAGCUUAAUAUCUUCACUGCUGUUCUCAGUGCAUUGAAGGGUUUAGCUGAGAAUAAAAGCACAUUAGGACCAGAAGAAGUCCGCAAAUCUGCUCUGACAUUGGUUAUGAGUGCCCUUGACAAUCCUAAUCCCAUUUUGAGAUGUGCAGCAGGAGAGGCACUUGGCAGAAUGGCUCAGGUAGUUGGAGAAGCAACUUUCAUCGCCAGAAUGGCUCAAUUCAGCUUUGACAAGUUAAAAUCUGCUCGAGAUGUUGUGUCAAGAACCGGUCAUUCGUUGGCUCUUGGCUGUCUUCAUCGUUAUGUGGGUGGAAUAGGUUCUGGACAGCAUCUGAAAACCAGUGUCAGUAUUCUGUUGGCGUUGGCACAAGAUGGGACCUCACCUGAAGUCCAGACCUGGUCUCUCCAUUCACUUGCCUUGAUAGUGGACUCUAGUGGGCCAAUGUACCGGGGAUAUGUGGAGCCUACUCUGUCUCUAGUUCUUACCCUGCUCUUGACGGUUCCACCAUCACAUACAGAAGUACAUCAGUGUUUGGGCCGAUGUCUUGGGGCUAUAAUAACUACGGUUGGCCCUGAGCUGCAAGGUAAUGGAGCUACUAUUUCAACAAUCCGCUCUUCGUGCUUGGUGGGAUGUGCAAUCACACAAGAUCACUCGGACUCUCUUGUUCAGGCAGCUGCCAUAUCCUGCCUUCAACAACUUCACAUGUUUGCACCCCGCCAUGUCAACCUAUCCAGUCUGGUUCCCAGCCUUUGUGUUCACUUGUGCAGUUCUCACUUAUUGCUACGUCGGGCUGCAGUGGCAUGUUUGCGGCAACUUGCACAGAGGGAAGCAGCAGAAGUGUGUGAAUAUGCCAUGAGCUUAGCAAAAAAUGCUGGUGACAAAGAGAAUAGUGGCAUCAAUAUUAACCCUUUUGCACCAGGAGUUGGUUCUCGGCGGGAUAUUCAUUGCCGGCAUCAAGGAGUUAAUAUAACAGAGACAGGCCUUGAGGGGGUCCUUUUUGGAAUGUUAGAUCGGGAGACUGAUCGAAAGCUGUGUUCUGAUAUUCAUGAUACCUUGGGACAUAUGCUUUCAUCCCUGGCAGUGGAAAAACUUUCACACUGGCUAAUGCUAUGUAAGGAUGUCCUAGCAGCCUCCAGUGACAUGAGCACUGCAGCUCCUUUGGGAGGAGGAAAGGAUGAAGAAUCGGAGAAGAAAGAUGAGAUGGAUGAUGACACAAUGUUUACUACUCUGGGUGAAGAGGAUAAAUCGAAGCCUUCUGUGGCUCCUCGCUGGGCCACUCGUGUAUUUGCUGCCGAUUGCCUGUGUCGAAUUAUCAUGCUGUGUGAGAAUGCGAAUAAGGCUCACUUUGAUCUGGCCAUGGCCCGUUCAGCCAAACUCAGAAACCCUAAAAAUGAUCUUUUAGUGCUCCAUCUCUCCGACCUCAUCCGUAUGGCAUUCAUGGCUGCAACUGAUCACAGCAACCAGCUGCGGAUGGCUGGUCUCCAGGCACUUGAAGACAUUAUCAAGAAAUUUGCAUCAGUUCCUGAGCCAGAGUUUCCAGGUCAUGUGAUACUGGAGCAGUAUCAGGCUAACGUUGGAGCUGCUCUAAGACCAGCUUUUUCCCAAGAUACCCCUUCUGACAUAACAGCAAAAGCCUGCCAGGUAUGUAGCACAUGGAUAGGAAGUGAGGUUGUAAGUGACCUGAAUGAUCUUCGCCGAGUUCACAAUCUCCUUGUCUCCUCCCUGGACAAAGUGCAAGCAGGAAAGGGGUCUUCCAGUCAGCUUUACCGAGAGAGUGCCACGACUAUGGAAAAACUGGCAGUCCUGAAAGCCUGGGCUGAGGUGUAUGUUGUAGCUAUGAAAAUUAAAAAGGAAGCAGAGAUCAAACCAAAGCGAGCAAUAAAGAAUACGGAUGAUGAUGAGGAGGAUUUUGGUACUGUAGAUGAGCUACCUCCAGACAGUUUGAUAACACUUGUACAACCCGAGCUGCCUAUUCUGAGUCGCCUUUGGCUAGCUGCAUUGAAAGACUAUGCUCUUUUGACUUUACCAGCUGAAUUUGCUAGUCAGCUUCCACCAGAUGGUGGAGCAUUUUACACUCCAGAGACAAUCGAUACAGCUAGACUGCACUACCGGAACUCUUGGGCUCCAAUCCUACAUGCAGUGGCACUCUGGCUAAACAGUGCAGGAUUUAAUGCUUCUGAGUCACCAGAAAAAGCAGCUGCAGCAAUGCCUAAUUCACAGAAACGUGACUCGUCCAUUAUGUUAAACCAGGCAGCUGGAACACCAUCUACCACUAAAUCUUUGCCAGAGAUAAACAAAGAUAGAAUGCACUUAAUUUUAGGAGUUAGUAUACAAUUCCUCUGUUCCCCCAGACCUGAGGAGCCUGUUGAACAUGUCACGUCUUGUUUACAAGCACUGCAUACUUUACUGGAUUCCCCUUGUGCUAGAAUUCAUAUUGCAGAGGAUCAGCUCCUUGGUGUUGAACUUCUGAGUGUGCUGCAUCGACUCUUAUUGACCUGGGAUCCUCCUUCAGUCCAGCUGCUAGUUACAGGAGUUGUCCAGCAGAUAGUGAGAGCAGCUCAAGAUUACUUGCAAGAAAAAAGGAACACUCUAAAUGAAGACAACAUAAAGGAAAAAAAAACGUGCCUUGUGUUAGGAGAAGGUGGGGAGACUGGUGGUCUUGAGCCUGGAAAAUCUCUUGUCUUUGCAGCCAUGGAACUACUAAUGUUUAUCCUAGUACGGCAUAUGCCACAUCUAAGCCCAAAAAUGUCAGACUCUCCAAGUCAUGUUUCUGCCAAACCCCAGCUCUCUGAAGAAAGUGCUCGCCUUGUGGCUGCCACAGUUACCAUCCUAUCUGACCUGCCUUCUCUAUGCUCUCCAGCUGGAUGUAUGACAAUAUUACCUACAAUCCUGUUUCUGAUUACAAGAGUAUUGAAAGAAACUGCCGUAAAAACAGUGGAUAAUCAGGUCUCACCACCAGUCAGUGCAGCUCUUCAGGCGAUAAAAACUACUGUAACUCUUCCAAUGGCCAAGACUGAGGAAACUCAUAAGCAAUGGACCAGUCUUAUUCGCAGCACUCUGGCAUCUAUCUUGGAAUACUCCCAAUCAGAUGGCACUAAGUCUAUUCUUGAUGAAGUAAGCAUGCUUACAGCGAUUGCUCUCUUCCUUUGGUCUGCAAGUACAGAAAUAAUUGGAGUGCUGUCCUUACAGAACGGCUGCAUUAACAGAUUUAAAAAUGCAUUGAAUUCCUGCGAUCCUUGGGUUCAAGCCAAGUGUUAUCAGCUUCUACUUUCUGUAUUCCAACACACCAACCGUGCCCUGUCAACUCCAUACAUCCAUUCAUUGGCACCAAUAAUGGUUGAGAAACUGAAAGCUGUAGAAAGUAAUCGUCCAAACAGCAACACAGAGCUUUUAGCAGUCCAGGAAGGAAUUAAAGUCCUUGAAACAUUGGUUGCCCUUGGUGAGGAGCAGAAUAGGGUCCAGUUGCUUGCUCUUCUAGUUCCAACUCUGAUCUCUUAUUUACUGAAUGAAAAUGCUUUUGCUUCUGCAUCUACAGUAUCAAAAGAUCUUCAUGAAUUUGCACUCCAGAAUUUAAUGCACAUUGGUCCCCUCUACCCUCAUGCUUUCAAGUCAGUAAUGGGAGCUGCUCCUGAAUUGAAAAUACGUCUAGAAACUGCAGUCCGUGCAAGUCAGGCCAGCAAAGCAAAAGCAGCUGCCAGGCAACCACCACCCACCAUACAUUCUGUCCCAACGAUUAAACUUAAAACUAGCUUUUUUUGAAUUAUUUUGAGUUGUUAUUUUUAGGAUCAUACCUACAACUAAAAGUCAGAAGCACUACAUCAUUCCUUAUGUGCUACUGCAUAUAUGUCUGUAUUUUGCAUUGUUUGUAUGUCAGAGGCAAUCUAAUAGCUUUAUGUGUAAUUACUUGAAAUUUGUGCAUUAUAAGGGAAGUAGUGUUACAAGUAUUUAUAUAGAUUUUUAAGAAAUUGAAUUUGUUUGAUCAUAUUUGUGAAUCUGUGUUAUAAAUUAUCCACCAAAAAAGUA